UGUGUCCUCUACUCUCCUCCCUCCAUCUCUCCCUGGGUCACUGCCGCUGCCACUGUUUCUCCCAGGCCAAAGCGUUCUCCUUGUGUAUUAGGUCCCUAGGUAUUUCAGCCAGAGUGGUUAGCUAUUACUUCCUCCAAGAAGCCUUCCUGGAAUGCUCAGGUUGUGUGGAGCCCAGCACCCUGCUCUUGCCAACCUGGAUUGUAACCGUUUCCUUCUUGGCUUCCCCACUGGACUGGCAACCCCGCAGGGCAUGAAAUGUUCGUCCAUCUGUUUCCCUGGGUGUUUCUGGGCUUCACCUUUGUCUCCGAGUGUCUGGUCUGUCCGAAAUCUUCCGUGUCUCUUUCUGUCUCCAUCUCGGUGUCCCUGAGUGUCUCAGUGUCUGUGGUUUCUGGUUUUCAGCACUUUGGGUCCCAGUUUCUAAGUUGCGGUCUAAAGGGUCUCUAUCUUGGCCUCUGUCUGCUGGGCCUCCUAGCCCUGCCAGGCUGGGCACUGCCCUUUUGGCCUGAGGGGCCUCUGGCGUUGGGGGGGGGGGGUUCCUCGCUGCCCCGCCUGCCCACCGCGAGGCCAGGCUAGGGUAGGCCCCCGCCCAGCCGCUGCCUGCUCGCUCCCUCCCUCCCUACCGCCUGCCUCACCACAGGGUUUGAUGAAUCAAACUCUUUGUCUGGGUGGGAUCUCCCCCGGCCAGCUGGGCAGAGAGAGGGCUUCCCCCGCCGGAGCAGUCGAACGUCGGCAGCGCGCCUCGUCUGGAGAGGCCCAGGUGAGGGGCAGAGCAAAAGAGGAAUGGACUGUGGGCCACCUGCCACCCUCCAGUCCCACCUGGCUGGGCCGCCUGGUACUGCCUGCCACCCAGUAGCUGUGUGCCAGCAGGAGAGUCUGUCCUUUGCGGAGUUGCCCACCCUGCAGCCCCCAAGCCCUGUGUGUCUGGAUCUCUUUCCUGUCACCCCAGAGGAGCUGCAGGCUCCCGGCAGCCGCUGGUCCCUGGGGACCCCUGCUCCUCUCCAAGGGCUGCUAUGGCCACCGUCCCCAGGAGUCCCAGACACCGAGACGGCUACCAGUGGGGGGAUGCGGCCCAGCAGGGCUGGCAGCUGGCCACACUGCCCUAGUGCCCAGCCCCCAGCUCUGGAGGGACCCUGGAGUCCCCAGCACCCCCAGCCGCAGCGCCGGGCCAGCCAUGGCUCAGAGAAGAAGUCGGCCUGGCGCAAGAUGCGGGUGUACCAGCGUGAAGAGGCCCACGGCGUCUUCUUCGAGCCCGGCCAGGUGGCAGAGCAGCCCCUGGGCACAGAGGAGCCUAGGUCGCUAGAGCUGUCUGGGCCCAGCCGAGUGGGCCUCGAGGGGCCUGAGCGGAGGCGCUUUUCCGCCUCUGAGCUGAUGACCCGGCUGCACUCUUCCCUGCGCCUGGGGCGGAAUUCAGCAGCCAGGACAUUGACCCAAGGGUCAGGCACUGGAGCACCUCGGGAAGGGAAAGCAUCUGGAAGGGAGUCGCGCAGUGUAGAGAUCAGGGCGGACAGUGUGGCAAUGGCGGCCCCUGUGGACCCGAGCGGAGGCCAUGGCAGCUGGCCUGAGUCCAGGCUGGAAUCACAGGAAGAGCCAGCUCUGGGCUCCAGAAGUGCCAGCGAGCGGCGACAGUCACGGUUCCUCCUUAACUCCGUCCUCUACCAGGAAUACAGCGACGUGGCCAGUGCCCGCGAACUGCGGCGGCAGCAGCGCGAGGAGGAGGGCCCAGGGGACGAGGCCGAGGGCGCGGAGGAGGGGCCCGGGCCGCCGCGCGCCAACCUCUCCCCGAGCAGCUCGUUCCGGGCGCAGCGCUCGGCGCGAGGCUCCACCUUCUCGCUGUGGCAAGACAUCCCCGACGUGCGAGGGAGCGGUGUCCUGGCCACGCUGAGCCUGCGCGACUGCAAACUGCAGGAGGCCAAGUUUGAGCUGAUCACGUCCGAGGCCUCAUACAUCCACAGCCUGUCGGUGGCCGUGGACCACUUCUUAGGCUCGACUGAGCUGAGUGAGUGUCUGGGGGCGCAGGACAAACAGUGGUUGUUCUCCAAACUGCCCGAGGUCAAGAGCACCAGCGAGAGGUUCCUGCAGGACCUGGAGCAGCGCCUCGAGGCAGAUGUACUGCGCUUCAGUGUGUGCGACAUUGUAUUGCACCACUGCCCGGCCUUCCGCCGCGUCUACCUGCCCUACGUUACCAACCAGGCCUACCAGGAGCGCACCUACCAGCGCCUGCUCCUGGAGAACCCCAAGUUCCCUGGCAUCCUGGCUCGACUAGAAGAGUCACCUGUGUGCCAACGUCUGCCCCUCACCUCCUUCCUCAUCCUGCCAUUUCAGAGGAUCACCCGCCUCAAGAUGCUGGUGGAGAACAUCCUGAAGCGGACAGCACAGGGCUCUGAAGAUGAAGACAUGGCCACCAAGGCCUUCAAUGCACUCAAGGAGCUGGUGCAAGAAUGCAAUGCCAGCGUGCAGUCCAUGAAGAGGACAGAGGAGCUCAUCCACCUGAGCAAGAAGAUCCACUUUGAGGGCAAGAUCUUCCCACUGAUCUCUCAGGCCCGCUGGCUGGUGCGGCACGGGGAGCUGGUGGAGCUGGCACCCCUGCCUGCCGUGUCCCCGGCCAAGCUGAAGCUGUCCAGCAAGUCGGUCUACCUGCACCUCUUCAAUGACUGCUUGCUUCUCUCCCGGCGGAAGGAGCUGGGGAAGUUUGCCGUUUUUGUGCACGCCAAGAUGGCCGAGCUGCAGGUGAAGGACCUGAGCCUGAAGCUCCAAGGUAUCUCUGGCCACGUGUUCCUCCUCCAGCUCCUCCACGGGCAGCACGCGAAGCACCAGUUCCUGCUGAGGGCGCAGACGGAAAGCGAGAAGCAGCGAUGGAUCUCCGCCAUGUGCCCCUCCAGCCCCCAGGAGGACAAGGAGGUCAUCAGCGAGGGGGAAGUCUCUCUGGGGCUGUCAGACCGCCCCCAGGUCCAGUGUGUCAGGACAUACAAGGCGCUGCAGCCGGACGAGCUGACCUUGGAGAAGACUGACAUCCUGGCCGUGAGGACCCGGACCAGUGACGGCUGGCUGGAGGGGGUCCGCCUGGCAGAUGGCGAGAAGGGGUGGGUGCCGCAGGCCUACGUGGAGGAGAUCAGCAGCCUCAGCGCCCGCCUCCGAAACCUCCGGGAGAAUAAGCGGAUCACAAGCGCCGCCAGCAAACUCGGGGAGCCUCCUGCGUGAUGGGCAGCCGUGGCCUGGGGCACCAGUUCCACACCUGGCUCCCAGACAGGUCUGGAGGGGACCUGCAGUGUCUCCGAGCCCCAAGCCACUGCCGCUGGGACUUCUGCCCUGUGGCCGGGCAUCGAGAGUACAGCUGUCCUCACGCUUCUCCGUGUCCACUCCCAGGGCCGAGGGCGGUCUCUUCCUCCGGCAUGGGGGCCACAGCUGGAGACCUGAUAUCUGACAAGGACUGGGGCCCUCUGCCUUCCAUGUCCUUGACCCUGCCUGACCCUUGGUCCCUCUAUCAGGGGCCUGGCGAGGAAAGGCCCUGGCACUAAUGGGUCCCAGGGCAUAUAUGUAUCUGGGGUCUUCUGGCCAGAGCCUGUGUGGUCCCUGGUUACUGCCUGUCUGUAAAUAAACUCCCGUGGUGCCUUCGCUUGGA